CGGCUGGGGCCGGGGAUAUAGGAGCCCCCGCCCGGGCCCGGCGCAGCGCCGCCGCCCCUCCUCGCCUGCUCGCGGCGCGAUGGCCUCGCUCCGGGUAGAGAGCGCCGCUGGCGGCCCGCGGAUCCGGGCGACCCGCACUGGGCGACCCACAGCGCUUCGCCUCCUCCUCCUGCUGGGCGCUGUCCUGAAGCCCCAGGAGUCCCUCGCUCAGCUUGUUACCACCCCAGGCAGCAUGGAGUCAGAAGGGAGAAUGCUGGAAGAGGUCUAUAAGAACAAUACCCGUCUUUGCUGGCAAACAUAUAAGGAAUAUAUGGACUCUAUUGAAAAUGACUGGUGUGACUGGGCCAUAAUUAGCAGCCCUUAUAGCGACCUGCAAGAUUGUUUGGAACGGACUGCAGACACGUUUGGCCUGGGCUUCCCCAACCCUUGGGCAGAAAGGAUCAUCUUUGAGACUCACCAACUCCACUUUGCCAACUGUUCACUGGUGCAGCCCACUUUCUCAGACCCCCCAGAGGAUGUGCUUCUGGCCUUGAUCAUAGCCCCCAUCUGCCUCAUCCCGUUCCUCGUCACCCUUGUUGUGUGGAGGAGUAAAGACAGUAAUGCCCAGACCUAAGGUGGCAUGAGUUUCUCAGCAGCCAUCUUACUCCUUUCCCCUGCCACCACUAGGUCACUCUCCUCCUCUCCCUACCUCCUUCUUCCCACUCCCACCGCAGAUCCUUACAUGGAUGGAAAUAGAAGCUGGGUGGGGUCAUGGCACAAGUUCUGUAAUCUUCAAAAUAAAAGAUUUUUUUUGGUA